UCUCUUUUCUGAGAGAGUAUUUUCCUGGCAGUGAAAGCCCUGAUCCCCCACACUUCAUCCACAGCAGAGACAGAGAGAUUGAACAAUCAAUCAUGUCAUUCUCGUUCUUCAAGCCUUCGAGGCCUAAAACCCCUCAAGAGCUCGUUAAAGCUAUCAAGGACUGCCUCACUGCUCUCGACGCCAAAACCGUCGCCGAGGUUCAAGCCCUCAAGAAGGCUUUGGAAGAAGUUGAGAAGAACUUUGCAACAAUGAGAGUUAUGCUUUGUGGAGAUGGGGAGGUUGAACCCAGCAUGGAUCAGGUUUCACAGUUGACGCUUGAAAUCUGUGAAGAAGAUGUUCUUGCUCUUUUUAUUCACAAAUUACCUAUAUUGGGAUGGGAAGCAAGAAAAGAUCUGGUUCACUGUUGGUCCAUAUUGUUGAAACAAAAGGGCGACUCCACUUAUUGCUGUGUGCAAUAUCUAGAGAACCAUUUAGAGUUACUAGACUUUCUUGUUGUGAGCUAUGAUAACAAGGAAAUUGCCUUGAAUUGUGGAAAUAUAUUGAGGGAAUGCAUCAAAUUACCUACUCUUGCAAAAUACAUAUUGGAAUCUCCAAGCUUUAUGUUGUUCUUCAAAUAUGUGGAACUGCCUAACUUUGAUGUUGCCUGUGAUGCAUUUUUAACCUUUAAGGAUCUGCUUACCAAACAUGAAGCUGCAGUCUCUGAAUUCCUGACUGCUCAUUACGAUGAGGUAGGAAAUCCCAUUUAUCGAGGCCUGUUCUGGCCAUCUUGGAAAUCCUUUUUUUGUGUUCUUUCUAAAUUACUGAAAAGUGUGCGAUGCAAAUUCUUUAUUGUGCACACCUGCGUUGUGCAGGCAGUGAAGUUCUUCGAGCAAUAUGAAAAACUCUUGACCUCCUCUAACUAUGUGACAAGAAGACAGUCUUUAAAGCUUCUCUCGGAAUUUCUUUUGGAGUCUCCAAAUUCGCAUAUAAUGAAGCGCUACAUUGUUGAGGUUCGAUUUAUGAAAGUCAUGAUGACUUUGCUGAAGGAUUCAAGCAAAAAUAUCCAGAUCUCUGCUUUCCAUAUUUUUAAGGUUUUUGUGGCCAACCCUAACAAGCCUCAAGAAAUAAAAGUUAUCCUCGCUAAAAAUCAUGAAAGAUUGCUGGGCUUGCUUCACAGUCUCUCUCCUGGAAAAGGAGCUGAUGAUGAUCAAUUCGAAGAGGAAAAGGAACUGAUAAUAAAGGAAAUUGAAAGAUUGUCUCGGCUACCUAACCUUGCAUGAUAGAGGUACCUUCCCAUAAUUGUUUCAUAGUUGUGUAGCCUUGUAAUAAUGACAAUUCCAAAACCCCAUUUGAGAGGAAAAGGAAAAAAGAAAAGAAAGCAAUAUCUAUUAUUUGUCAGUGGUUGAAAAGCUAGGGGCUUAUUAGUAAUUUUUAAAAAUCCAAAAAAGCCAGUUUAAAUAGAGGCCAUUAGCAACUGUGUUUCAAUUGUUGAAAUUAAUAGUCAGUAAUGGAAAUGGUGAGUGUAAUAUAUAUAUAUAUAUUAAAUUUGAGCUGUGAUUUUCAAUUCAAAAUCUGAACCUAUCAGUUUCAGCUUG